AUGGCAGGGACGGCGCAGGCAAAGGCCGAACCAGAACGCCGAACCAGAAGGCCAAACGAGAAGCCCACAGGUUUGGCUUGGUGCGGGUGCCGGAGCCGGGUAGGUUGGAGCGGUCUGCAGAGGAAAGAGGGCGAGGACGAAUCACAGGGCGGCAAGGACAGCGUGGGCAGCGUGCGUGUGGAGCGUCGAGGUGCAUGGCGCUGUGGUGUUGGCUGGUGUUGGCUGGUGUUGGCUGGUGCUGGUGCUGGCGCCGGUGCUGGUGCUGGUGCUGGCGCUGACACAAUCGAUACCGCUGGUGGUGCUGGUGCUGACACAAUCGAUACCGCUGGUGCUGGCGCUGACGCAAUCAAUACCGCUGGUGGUGCUGGUCCUGACACAAUCGAUACCGCUGGUGGUGCUGACACAACCAAAACCGCUGGUGGUGCUGGUGCUGAUACAAUCAAUACCGCUGGUGGUGCUGGCGCUGACGCAAUCAAUACCGCUGGUGGUGCUGGUGCUGACACAAUCGAUACCGCUGGUGGUGGCUGGGGAAGGAAGAGCGGUAUGCAGUGUGCCGGCGGGCAGACUGACGACAUGGUAGGGCAGGCAGGCAAUAGGCAACCACCGUCUUCCGUCUAUGGCCUACCGUCCGCGCCGGUCUGCGAAUGA